UGCCUACCUCCCAUUUCUGCCGUCAACACACCACUUUUCGAGUGUUUCCAAGAGCCACAAUGGGUUACUCGCACCAUACGACCCCAACGAAGGCCAAGAUCCAGGGCGCAGUUGAGUUCCUCGAGGCCAAAAAGAUCCCGCACUUCGAAAGCGAUGUCAUCAAGCAAUUCGGAGUCAGCUAUCCAACCGGCUGGCGUUAUCUGCGCGAACCUGACAGCUACGGCAGUCGCACCUAUCAUUCUGCCUUUUCGGACCGCCGUGGCCGAAAGUCGAAAAUCUCCGACCAGGAUUUAGCUACGAUAGAGCGCUUUCUUGAGUCUAACGGAUUCGAUGGCCGUACUGUGCCUUACGCCUCCCUCCCGGCCGCCGCUGGACUCGACCUCGAUAUUUCUGCGCGAACCGUACGCCGUGCCGUCGGCUCCCUCGACUUCCGUUUCUGCGUAGCAUGUCAGAAGCAGUGGGCCUCGCGGCGUUUGAAAGAACGCCGGGUAGAAUACAGCCGCAUUAUGCUGGAGAAAUACCCAGAAAGGGAAGACUGGCGGUACAUUAGAUUCUCCGACGAAUUAUGUCCUCCGGAGACCGUGGAAGCGCUAUUGCCCCGACUGCCUUGUUGUGCAUAGAGCUCCCGAUGAAAAAGACAUCAAAUGCGUGCACUGUUGGGUGUAACGGUCCCAGGAGUGUAUUGCAACUAGCUGGUGACGACUCUACGAGUACACUGAGCUUGGAGAAGAAAAGAAGAGACGAGAAACUCUGGUGGCCCGCAGGCUUUCUAUCCCGUGAGUGCGCUGGUCUAGGCGCGUUGCUAGAAGGUUCGA